AUGCCUCUGACUGACUCAUGCUGUACUUGCGCCACGCUCCUCUCGGACGCAAAGGUGCCCUACGACCCUCGCUCAGAGAAGUCACUGUUCCAUCACCGUCAACUUGAUUGCUGCUCCCGAUUCAUAUGCGCGACAUGUCAGUAUAAGAACCCUCGGUUUCAGGCCUACUGCCCAUUCUGUCAGAUAUCGUCUGGCCCGUCUGCAUUGCCGAGAGAAGGGCUCCGACUGCCACCCUCAUACUCUACGACUGCAACUUCAAGAGGUUCGAGAAGGGCAGAAUCGCCACCACCCUCUUAUGAUGAUUCGAUAGGACCCUCGCGGACGACAGAGCAAAGCACAGGCCCGCCAGCCGACACCGACGACACUGUUCAUUUCGUGGGGUCUGAAGACUCGUUACAAUCGUUAUCGCUGGCCUACAAAGUGCCCCUCCAAGUCCUGCGUCGCCACAAUAACCUCUAUUCUGAUCAACUCCUCGCUGCCCGCAAGUGGAUUCUCAUCCCUCGAUCCCACUACACAGGUCCUCCUUUGAGUACACCACCAGAUGCAGAAGAGGAAGAGCGCAAGACAAAAUUGCGGCGGUGGAUGAUCGCUACAAAGUGUGCAAACUACAAUGUCGCCCAGUUGUACCUCAAGGGCAGUGACUUCAACCUGGAGCUUGCAGUGGAGGCGUUUAGGGCGGACGAAGAAUGGGAGAAAAAUAAUCCACUGAAAGGGAAGGCCAAGAGUGGCGGAAGGCAUAGGAUAUCCCAUGGAACCAGCGGCAGCAUUUCUCAGCAACUGUCGUGA